AUGAUGCAGGUCCUAGAUAAACGAUUUCGUGAUCCACUUACUGAUCAUAUAGCCACGCGAUCGAUUGACUACCAAAUUCCCUUGAUGCAGGAUUUGUGUGUCGGUGAUGUGUGCAUCGAGUUCACGAUAGUAGCAACAGCAUCUAGGGUACCACAAACAGCGCAACAACGACUACUGUCCCCAAAGUGCUACUACGACAUUCCAACAUGUUACAGUCAGCGGACAGAUGAAAAUUCUGUCGGUCAUUCUAACGAAAAAUAUGUCGGAUUGGGAACCAAACGAAAUCCGGAAUCGGACGCACUCAAUAUUCCGUUUCAUCUGGUCCAAGCCAAUGAGGAAGUGAACAAUUCUGUACAGCCGGGUCAGAAACGUGCCUGGUCUGAGGUUCGUGAGGCCGAGUUGGGUUUCAGUGAGGAGUCCGUGGCCAGAGCAGUCCUAGCCAAAGUGACCGAACUACGCGCUGGUUGCGUGGUGACGGAUUUCUGUCCACUACGUGAGCCUCGUGCUUGGAUCGAUCGAUUGGUGGCACUCAUGCCCGAACACAUACCCGUGUGUCAGGUAAAACUGUUUGCUGUUUUGUCAAAUUGA